AUGUCAUCCGAACAGCCAGAGCUCAAGGAUGCUCCCGCUCACGUCGAACACAUCGACUCCUACACCACCCAGGACGAGAAAGACCAGACCCUCUUCCACCGCAAGGGAUCGAAUGAGGAGUUUGUCGACGAGAAGGCUGCUGAUCAUGGUGGAUAUGAUGCACGCGAGGAGACAAAGGACGAGAAGGUGCUUGGACUCCGCAGGAAGCUCUUCAAGAUGUUGGUACAUGCUUUCCUCUGGGUCUGCUUCACCGCAUUCUUGGUUGUCUCAAUUGUGUUGAACAAGGCUGGCCCCAUCUCGGUUUUGGCCGUCGCCUAUGGAUUCACCACUCUUUACUUGAUUUCGGCCUACUCCCCCGAGGGCACCUUCGCCCGCCCCGCCAAGGCUACCUGGAACGCCGUCGCCGGCGCUGUUGGCAAGCUCCCCCUCCGCAUUCGCCAGGUUAUCGGAUACGGCAUCUUCCCCGUCGCCAUGAUCUUGACCGCUGUCAUCCCCGAGGAUGAUGCCAAUGGCACCCGUGUCCAGCGUGUCAUCUCCCUCUGCGGAUUGACCCUCUUUGUCCUCUGUUUUUAUGUCACCUCCCGCAACCGCAGCGCCAUCCACUGGCCCACGGUAGCCGUCGGCAUUGGUCUCCAGUACAUUUUGGGUCUCUUUGUCAUCCGCACCGAUUUUGGCCGCACCAUCUUCUCCUACAUCGGAGGUUUUAUGGCCACCUUCUUGGGCUUUUCCUCUGCCGGUAUCGGAUUCAUCAUCGGAGACGACAUGAUGAAGGCAUAUGGAGGCUCCUUCUUGUUCGGUGUCUUGCCCGCCAUCAUCUUCUUCGGAGCCGUCAUCCAGGUCCUCUACUACUACAACAUCAUCCAGGCCGCCAUUGGUGCCAUGGGCAGAGUCAUCGUCUACUUUUUCGAAAUCUCUGGUGUCGAGGUCAUUGCUGCCUGCGCUGCUCCCUUCGUUGGAAUGACCGAGUCUGCCAUGUUGGUUGGUCCUUACCUCGAGCACGCCACCAACGCCGAGAUUCACCAGGUCCUCGCCUCUGGAUUCGCCACCAUCUCGGGAUCGGUCUAUCUGGGUCUCAUUGGUUUCGGUGCCUCGCCCACCCACUUGAUCACCUGCUGCGUCAUGUCCGUCCCCUGUGCCAUUGUCACCUCCAAGAUGCGCUACCCCGAGGAGGAGGUCCCUCUUACCCGCGGCAAGAACGUCACCCUUGAGCGUCCCGAGGCCGAGGAUUCCUUUGUCCACGCCCUCGCCAACGGCUCUAUUCUCGGUAUGCAGCUCUGCAUUGUCAUCUCUGCUGUCCUGGUCGGUUUCAUCUCUCUCCUGGCCUGCGCCAACUAUGUCCUCAACUGGCUCUUUGUCUUCCUGGGUGUCACUGGUAUCACCAUCGAGCGCCUCAUCGGAUACUGCUUCUACCCCGUUGCCUGGAUCUUGGGCAUGCCCUCGCAGGAUGUCUAUGCCGCCUCCAAGAUGAUGGGUGUCAAGUACAUCAUCAACGAGUUUGUCGGUUUCGCUCAGGCCCAGAGCGCUGGAUUCUUCACCGAUGCCACCGAGCGCGGAAAGAUGUUGGCCACCUUUGCCUGCUGCUCCUUUGCCAACCCUUCCUCCUUGGGUUCCCAGAUCUCGCUCUUGGGCAAGAUGGCCCCCUCCCGUGCUGGUGACAUUGCCCGUGUUGCCGUCUCGGCCAUCAUUGCCGGUGCCAUGUCGACCAUCAUGUCGGCCUGCAUUGCUGGUAUCGUACUGUAA